AUGCACCAGUUGUUUCAAAUGCGGCAUUAUGCAGGUCCUUCAUCUCCUAAAAAAACACCACCAACAUCCUCUUUCUCUCCCGCCAAAAUGAGAAAGAUCAAAUCCCUCAUAAAGUCCAUUCUCCUGGUAUACUAUCUAGCCCUUGUUGUGCUCACGCUUCCCUUGGCGUUUGAUGUGGGUGGUGUGCAAUGUGGGUUAGCAUAUUCGUUCACACUUAUGGCCACAUAUUUCUGUCUUACAACGCUUCGCUUAGUCAGUCGCCGGUUCUCUAUUCUUCGUGUAAUUUCUGGGUUAUACUAUGCCCAGCACCUAUUCAUUCCGAGUGUGUUGAUGGUUUUUUUGUCCAUGUAUGCCCCAGACGAAAAUGAACCACUCCCAGUGGUGCUCACGGUGUGGCGGUAUGUGUUAAUCCAUCUGACGCUGGUAUUUACUAUUGCCGAGGGGUUCUGCCUGCUUUUAUUGAUCCAGGCGGCCAGUCAAACGCUUACCUGGCUCACUAGGUAUAAGUCUGACAGUUGGCUCUUUGUAUCACUUAUUGGAAGCGGAACUAUCAUCACUGGUGCUCUCUACUUCUUGUAUCGGAUUUAUGUUAAUCCAUUCACGCUUGAGCUCGGAAAUGCAUCCCUUUUGGGCUCCUUUUUGACUCUUACUGUGAGUCUUGGCCUUUAUGGCAUUGUCUCGGGCAAAGGAUCGAUGAUAGAAUCUUCCUUGCUCUUUGCAUACAUUGUCCGCUGUAUUUACGAGACAUUUCCGCUUUUCUCAGAGGACGCCACGCAGACAAUUGCACAUCUUUUUACUCAAACAACCCUCAACCUUCGUAAAGAGAUUACGCGCCUUCCUCAGCCCGUCAGCGAAACCAUUCUGAGUGCCAUUCUUUUGUUGGCGUCAAAUAUUCCCAAGUCGUUUCUUACCAUCUGGAAGUUUUUUAUCCAGGCCAUCCAAGUGCUCUCGUUGACACUUAUAUUCAACUUGGCCUACAGAAUCGGUGUAUUCUACGCGGCCACAAAGAUCAUUCCACUGUUAUACCAGGGCCUUCCGUUUCUGCCCCCAAGAACGCCUCAGGUAGUCUCUCGCCAGGUGUCGUCAUCGUCAGUCUCUACGUUACAAAUUAAUGACCUACGAAGCGACUUGACUAGCUCUAGGCGUCCAUCGGGACGUAUCCCACUCCAAACAAAAUCCAAGCCCCCUUCUACAGUUAUUAGGCUUAUCUAUGCCUACUCGCCCUGUAUCAUUAUCGCAGUGUAUACACACUUGAUGCUACUGUACAGCGGAGAACUUGGUACUGAACUCAAGCUCUGGGGAUGGUGGGCCGGUGCUUCGCCAGAGAGUGUGGUGGUUGUGCACCCUUGGCAGUUCUGGAACUGGGUCAAUAUGUUGACGACGCUUGUUCUCUACAUUUCGGAACUCGUAGAGAAUGCAGAUUCCAAUUCCGCCAUGACUAGUCAUUGGAAAGUGGAUUGA